AUGGAACAUAGUUACUGGCCAGCAAUGGGGACCUAUAAAGGCGGAACAAACCUGACUGUCCUGCUCGAAAGCACCCUUACUGGACAGACCAGUGCCUGGUUGUACUGCCGCUUCGACUCGAUCAUUGUCUUCAACGUCGACUAUAACGCACGCGCACCGGAGGGGCCGACUGUCACCUUCGUCGUGCCUCCAUUCGUUGAAGGAAAGAAGGAAGUUGGCCUGGCCUUCAGUGUGGACGGGCUCCAUUAUGAGCCGUUCGGCAAGUUUGUCUAUCAUGAGCCCCUGAUGAUCUUCUUGGUGGAACCGCCUGCGGGGCCUCCGGAGGGCGGUCACAAAGUCUCCGUCCGCCUGCUCAACCCAAACCCUUUCCUCGAGCGCGUCACUGCCGCUGACGUCAGACUCUUGGCAGAACCGAAGUGCCUGUUUCAGGACGCAACAGUGCCCGGUACAUAUGAACCGGCCUCGGACGGCUACCCCUGGCUGUCGGUGUCGUGCAGCGCUCCGCCAGGAGGCCUCGGGACCGUGGACCUCAGUGUAUCGCUCAACGGCCAGGAAUAUACGAGUCUCCCUGGUACAUAUGCGUAUACAGCGGACACCAUGCAGACGCAAGAGCAGGAAGCAGAUGUCGAACCUGGUUACAUCACCACCGAGACGACAGAAGCGGCUUCAUCCUUCUAUUACUACACUGAAAAAAAAACGGCUCAGGACCCCGUACUUUUGUCGGCGUGCAUGAUGUCGAUCUAUCCGAGAAUAGGGCCUGGCGCCACGUCCUCCGCUGUCUCCGUCUCCCUUGGAGUAACGUUACCAGUCACGGGCGCCAAACGGCCGCUGUGCCGGUUCGGAACAAACGUCACGACCGGGUAUUACAACGUGGGAACGAAAAUUGGCCUCGGCAAUGGCACGUUUGUUUACUGCCCGGCGCCCACCAUGCCUCUGGGAGGCACGGUGCCUCUUUCCAUCAGCAUGGACGGAACGACUUUCACGGGCGCGGCGAGCUUUACGUACUACACACCCUUAACCGGCUUCAACGUCUCCAAUCUCCCCCCGGUCAUGAACCAGCUGGGCCCCUUCGAAGCCGUCAUCCAACUCUCUGCCUCCCCCUUCCCCGCCGCCUUCACCAGCUUCGACCAGGUCGCCUUUACCGCCUGGUGCUGCUUGGACGGGUCGUACUCUUUCAGAGUACCGGCGCCGCUCUCGUUCGUCAAACCGACCGACAAUACGUCCGCCCCGGUCCCGGUCCCCAGCCCCGACGUGGGGGUCCCCCUCUUCGGCCUCGGGAACGUGCUCUCGCUCGGUCCCCCGCUCAAACGGCCGACGCCCGUGCCAGCUGACACCCUGUGCCUGAAGUAUAACGCGGAUCCCUCCGCUACCAACGCCAACCUAACGAGUGUCGGUAUAGACCAAGGGGUCUCGUUAUCGCCCGCGUUUUCCGCCAGCACAACCAUUUACAACGUAAUUGGCAACGACCCAAAGGCCGUCACUUUCGCUUUCUCACUGACCCCAGCAGGCCCCGGGGCAAACGUGUCGGUAGACCUCCUCAGCCCCGUCUCGGUGUCAGGGUCCCCGAUCGUGACUGGACUUUUCCGCGGGCCUCUAGUUCCGGGAACGAACAUCUUCACCGUUCGGGUGACCGGCCCCAACGGCUUCACGCAAAUGACGUACUACAUCUACGUCACGUGCCAGGCCACGGCCCUAGUCACGAGCCUCACCGCCGACGCGGCCGCGCUCGCGCCCGCCUUCGCGGAGGGCGUCUACAGCUACGCGCUCUCCGUGAACUCGUCAGUGCAGCAGAUUGUUUUGACGGCGGCGAGCAACGGAACCCGGUAUACGCUCGUAUACAACGCCGCCGUAUACGACCCUGCCCAGCCGUUGGUCGUAUAUCCUUCCAACACGGCUCUCACAGUCGGCGUAACAGCUGUUCUUGGCGUGCCGUCCAACCUGCUGUGCCGGAACUACACGACGGCGGCAAACACAAGCAAGCCGCUCUUCCCGGGGGGGGGUAUGAACAUCUCGAUGGCCAAGCUUCCCGGGGGUUACGGGUUCUUAACCAGUCCGUCAGGGGCGCUAACCGCGACACUCGCUCUCGACUGCUUCGGGACCAAAGUGUUUUAUGUGUGGGUCACGCAAACGGACAAAACCGCGGUUGUGUACACCCUUACCGUGAAGCGGGCCAUGCCCGCUGAUCUGACCCCCGCCCUUUCCAUCCUGGACGUCAUUUCGGGGGGCACUGAUCCCACGCCGCCGUACAACAUUAGCAACCCCGCUGAUACGGUGUACUCCAUUACCGCGACGUCAAUCUAUCAGCAACUAAUGCUGGGAGCCCAGCCGGCAGCUCCUGUUGCUGCCGUUCGGACCGUACCGGACCAGGUGAAGCUCGACUACGGCCACAACACCUUCAGCCUCGCCCUCACCGGCCUGGAUUACGUCAGCAAGGCCAGCUACUCCGUCGACGCGUUCGUCCCGUCCGGCGUGCUCGCGCAGAUGUUCGUCCAGUACCUCAUCUUCAGCGUCUUCAUGGGACCCAUACUCCCUGGGCAAACCGCGCCAAGCUCCAACUUCUUCGUCGUAAACACGGGGAUGUCUCCCCAGUUCCAGAGCACCGGCCCCUUCAAUUACUCUGUCGGCGACGGGCAGAUAGACUCCAGCCAGAUUUACGUCCUGCUAACCACUUGGGAGUGGGACGCGACAGCGACUACCACCGUUUCCUGCUGGAGCGGCUGCAGCGGCCCUCUGUACGUAACCGACCAGACUUGGCUAACCCGCGUCUCUAGUUCCAUCAGCAUCCCCGCGACCAGCACGCUAAACUCAACCCAGUGGGCCCAACGGAUGAGCGUGUGGGUUCUGGGCCUCGCGUACGGGGUUAACCAGGUCCAGGUUAACGUGACCGGCAGCCUUGGUGACUCCAGCACGUACUACGUCAGCAUAAACCGCGACAGCCUCGUGGCGGAUGACGCCACGCUCACGCUGGUCAACGUCUCCGCUCCAAACGGGACCCAGGCGUUCGGUGGGGCGCAGUUCAGCCCGCUGACGCAAGCAUACAACGUCAGCUUGCCGAAACCGGUUCCCAGCCUUCUCUUCAGCGUUCUGACCAAGAACCCGGCAGCCACAGUCUCUAUGACUGUUGACUCGAUUCCCGUAGCUCCCAGCCAAAUCAGUGCGUCUUACAGCCCCCCCGCUCCGACCACUCAGACCCUUACGAACAAUUUGCAGCCGCUUCCCUCUCAAACGGUCCCCCCCGCUACAUAUUGGCAGUGGGGGAUCCCUUUCGGGAACGUCACCGCGGGGGUUGUGAGACGCGUCGACUUUACAGUCACUUGCGGAAGCGCGCAGGCUGUGUAUUCUUACUGGCUGUCGGUUGCCAUUGCACAUGAUGCUUCGUUGAGCAGUGUGGGCAUUUACUACGUGGAAGGGACGCAGGUUCCGAUCCCGUUGUCGUCUUUCCAGCUGAACGGCAACCAGCAGAUGUACACCGCAUCUGUGCCCAAAGCGGUUCAAGCCCUCGGCCUGUACGCAAUCCCAACCAACCCGGCCUCUUCGAUCUCCCUCAACACAUCCGCCCCUUCCGCAACCGUCAUCCAGCGCCCGGUUCUCAAUGCGCCCGGCUCCUGGGUUAGCCCUACCGGUUUCUCUCUCGGGCCCGUCAAAACGGACAGCCUGUUCAGCCUGGGAGUCACCGCGCCAGACGGCGUCUCUAAGCAAGUCUACCUGCUUGACGUCGUGCGCUUGGCCGGAACCGACGCAACCCUGCGGUCAUUAAACGCCACGGUUAACGGGACGGUUAUCCAACUCGACCUCCGGGCGGACCCGGUGCAAGUCCCCGGGCUGACCGCCGGCACAAGCUCCGCCCGCUUUGCCUGGGCGGCGACAGACUCGGCCGCGGCUUCCGCGUACUCCCUCGACGGAACGACGGUCCUCAGCGGAACGUCGGUAACCCUGUCCCUGUCCCCCGGGACUAACAGCUUCAAGGUGCGUGUGGUUUCAGAAGAUGGGGCGGCCACGGGCUGGUACAGCGUAAACGCUAUGGUGCCCAUAACCGCCGGGGCAACUCUGGCGACCAUGGCAGCCAAUCCGGGGGUGCUUGUCCCAAACUUUUCUCCGAGUGUCGCCCAAUACUCCCUGCGCCUCCCGAGCAACGUCGCCAUCUUCGUGCUCAACGCUUCCGCGGCUGAUCGAGCGGUCCAAAUAUCCUCGACCGGUACCAACCCGCCCGGCCAGUCGUCCCUCAACUUCCCCGGGGAGAUGCGGUACAAAGCUGACGUGGGCGGCGUUAUUUUGGGCGUCAACCCCUCCAUGAGUGGACCAGCGAGGAAGUAUACGGUGACCGUCACUGCCCUGAAAGACUACGAAAUGCUGACGUACCUGGACUUUAUGGGCUCCCAAAUGGGGAUAAAAUACCAAGCCCCCCCAAGUAACCCGUCGUUCCCCAAUCCGGGGGGCUUGGCGGCGACCGCAGGGCAGCAGGUGCAGUUCCAGGUCGCCGCAAACUGCUCCCGCUACCAGCGCAACUUCGGGGGCGAUUCGGCGCUCUGCGAAGGGAUGGGCACACUUGUGGUGCAGCUCAUAUUGGGCCCCGCAUUUGGAGUUUUUGCUUCCAUUGUCACAAACGCGACGUGCACAGUUGCCAAGGGGACGCUUUCUUAUACGCCGGUGGCUGCGGGGUUGUAUGUGGUGCAAGCGGCUUUGGCGACCUGUCAGCAGCUCGCGGGGUAUUGCGACUCGAAGACGUACAAGCUUCUGUAUCUGCCGCAGACACUGAUGGUUUUGCCGGCAAGUGACAUAAGCCCGCAGAAUAGCGCCCUGACGCUGCCGGACGCAGUGAUUGACGACAGCGGCUCGGUACACGCCACGUUCACCCCACGAGACACAUAUGGAAAUAUGCAGACGUCCACGCCCAUCAGAUGCAUCGUCUGCCCGCCAACUGCUGACGCAGCCCCCCAGAACGCCUCCUUCUGCCCGGCCGUCAACUUGACUGCCACGACUCAGCUUUACGCCACCGGUGCCUACGACCUCGCUUACGUCACCAGCCUCGCCGGUAUGUACCAAGUGGUCGUGUACGACAAUCAGGGGAACCGGAUCUUGGACGGCUUACAGCGCGUUGCCCUGCCACGGAGCGCGCCGAUCGACGGCGGACAGUCGUCGCUGCUCGUGCCGCCCGGUGGGCUGUCCGUGGGGCAGCCAGAUGACGUCAUAAGCGUCACCUUGGUUCCAAGAGACAAAGCCGGGAAUCUCAUUCAGUUCAUGGACGAUUCGGCCAGCAUCUCCGGGACCCUCACGCCCGUCAACGGAACCGGAACCGGCGGCCAGUCCGCUUUCCGAGUCACCAGCGGCAACUCAACCGCCGCCGCAAACUUCACCAUGUACGUCUCCGUUUCCGGCCUCCGGCCCGGCGGAACGUACCAGCUCCGGAUCUACGCCCGCGACGUCCAGAUUCAGCCCACGGUAUCCGUCACCCUGCCGCCCGCCAUAAGCGAUCGCUCCGUGACCUCAUCCGGGCCCCCGCAAAGCGUGCAGGCAAACGCGGUCAUUUCUUACCACCUGCUUCCGCUCUCGGCGUCCUCGCAGAAGAUUGGCUUUGGCGGGGAAGCGAGCUUUAUCCAGGUCGGCAUCUGCGCGGCGGGCGCGGAGAGCGCGGCGAGCGCUUCCAGCGCGGGCGCGGGGAGCGGGGCCGUGGAGAGCGCGGCCGCGGCCGCGCCUGCGUGCCCCACGCUCGCGAUCGUUUCCGCCCAAGUCAAGGAUAGCCUUUUCGGAGACUACACCAUAGCCCUAACCGCACCGCCGCAGGCUGGGACGUAUCAGAUCACAACCAUCGUCUCUGGGAAUCCUCUUAAGGAGGGCCCUAAGAUGAUCACCGUCGUUCCGGCGGGAGGCAACUCCGGCGGAUCUCCAUCCCCUGCGCCAGCCCCCGCUUCGGUUCCGGUUCCCGCUCCAGCGCCGGACGCCAGCGGAAACGUCCCGCUCAUCGUUCCCGGGUUGAAGAGCAUCCAGCUGCUAACCCAAGAGCAAACCCCUAACGGAGCUUCUCUUUCGUUCCGGGUCCGCGACUGA